AUGGCAGGUGGCCGGAAGACCAAAUCUUCCGGCCCCGCGCCGCCCUCGAAGACCCUCGUCAUCGACAAUGGGGCAUACACGAUGAAGGCUGGCUUCGCGGCGCCGUCUUCAGGCGAUACAUCCUCCUCCGAAACUCCUAGUCAAGAACCCCGGAUAAUACCAAACUGCAUUGCGCGCGACCGGCAUAAGAAGGUCUAUGUCGCGACAGAGCUUUCCGAUUGCCGUGACUUUGGCGAGAUGCAGUUCCGACGGCCCGUGGAGAAGGGCUUUAUCCCUCCUGGUGGGUUACCGUCGCUGCAAGCGAACUGCGACCAGAUGGUUUUCGAAGAAUUUCAGUUCGCGAGCUACUAUAGGGCUAUAGGACCUUGCCUGAACGCGUACAAUGACAUACAGUCUUAUUUCGGAACCGCACACGACCUGACGGCGAACCAGCACGGCCCCGCCGAAGUCAUGCUCCUCGUAGACUCCGGAUACUCCCACACGAUCGUGACGCCGCUUCUUCGCGGACGACCGCUCCACUCAGCCGUCCGCCGCCUGGACAUAGGGGGCAAGUUCCUGACCAAUUACCUCACGCGCCUGUUAUCACUUCGUCACUUCGACAUGCGCAACGACACAUAUAUAGUUAAUGAGAUCAAGGAGACGGCAUGCUACGUCUCGCACGACUUUGCCGGCGAUAUCCAGAAAAGCUGGAAGGGUGCUCGUGGUGAUAGCGCAGCGCGCGGGGCUUACGCGCGAGGCAGUGAGGGGAUUGCCAAAGACUACGUACUUCCCGAUUUCCAUGGGCGGCCCAAGGGCCUGAUGAGAGAUUACGAUCCCGCGAGCCACACCAAGUCGAGGAAGCUUGCGCUCGGAGCUGCCGGCGACACCGCGGGCGUCAACGAGGACGUCAUCACUCUCCGCAAUGAGAGGUUUACCGUGCCCGAACUGCUCUUCAGCCCGAUGGACGCAGGUCUUAAGCAGCCAGGUCUGGCUGGCGUCGUGAUGCAGUCGGUAUCAUCACUUCCUACAGGGCUCUGGCCGGGGCUUCUAGCCAACAUGGUCGUCGUGGGCGGUAACGCGCUCUUUCCGGGGUUUAGAGAACGUCUCCAACGUGAGGUGGCUGCACUAGCCCCCGACGAUUGCACUGUUAGGGUUGCAGUCCCGGAUGACCCGAUUACAGCAACAUGGAAGGGAGCGACCAGGUUAGCACAGCACGAGAGCGUGGGUAAGCUGUGUGUCACAAAGGCGGAGUAUGAGGAGCACGGCGCUGCGUGGGUCGCCCGAAAGUUUGCAGCUGGCUUGCCCAUAUGA